UUAUUCGCGCCGUUAGACCUAUCUCUGCAGUUCAGUUAGCAUUCGCUUUUAGCCGAGGUCGGCUCCUUCUUGUAAACUGCCGACCGUUUGCGUUAAGCUCUACCUGCUAACGCAUCUCAUUUAGCUAAGCUGCUUCUAGGUUAUUAAAGGGAUGCCGAUGGUACUGCGGUCCAGGCGGUCGGUCCUCGGUGGCCGGCGGGGUGGGAUCGAGUUACAGGCGACGCCGACCCGCCCGCAGCAGAGACGGGAUUACGAGGAAACCGAUGAGUCUGAGCCUGAGGCCAUCCCGAGGCCAUUGAUGGAGAAACGUGAGGCAGAGCUGGAAGAGGACGCUGCAGAGGCUGAUCCAAAGGAACUGAAGGAUUGCAGCGUCGUCCUGGAUCGUCUCCACAUGGAUGAAAGAUCUAGCAAGAAAGAGCUCGAGGAGAAAGAAGACAUGAAUCGGAAAGGUGGGAAACCCGUCUCUCGUAUCCCGACUUUCCAGAAACGACCCGGGGGUGGGAGCCAGACCCCAGAGCCUCCUGCUCCCAGAAAAGACGCCACCGUUUAUGCAGCUCUACCUUCCGAGAAAGGUGGAGAUGUGGAGGUUUUAAAGUCCAAACUUCCUGAGGUCAGAGGAACGGCGCUCCCCCCGCCAUCGGUACGUAUUCAAGGCAUCAGUUUGGUCUCACCCUCGGUGUCCAGCGAUGUGGAACAAGCUGGAAUAACUGCUCCAAAAAGCAAGGGUCUGUCUGAGUCUGCUGAGGGACCCAUGAUCGCCAGCCCCAGACCUCCUCUCAGACUAGAGCAGGACGCCAAAGAAACCGAAGCAGGCAGCACAGCAGACGGUCCUCUGAGUUCCCUCCCAAAGGAAAGCUCUCUCAGCCUAUCAGAAGAAAAGCAGACUUGGGUGAACCUCAACUCCACCGGAGACGGAGGGAAGUCUGAAGAGUCGUCCAACGUGGCGGAGGUUGGCCAGGUAGAGGCCAUUAUUGACGAAGAACCGCCUUGGGCGACGGAGCCCGCGGAAACGGCUGAACUGAGGGGCAGCGGAUGUUCUUCGGAAGCAGAAUGUGAAGACGACCUGGCAAGUGAGGCAUCAGAGGGCCACGACUCGGAGGAGGUGGAAGAACUUCAGUUAGAAAGCCAGACGGAGCUUCCAGAUCCUAAGGUGCAAAAGGUUAACCUGGAUGAAUCUACUUCUCCUGUGGCUCAGGAUAAGACGGCUAACAGGAAACCAGCCAAGUCCACAAAGAAGUCGAUAUGCUCCUGUUUUACUCUCUUCUUCGUGCUGCUGCUGGGAGGUCUCAGUCUGCAUGUCUGGCGCUACGGGCUCCCCACAUCUGCCCAUCUCAUGGCUCAGCUAGAGCUGCACUGGCUGGAGGGCCUUGGCUUGUUCCCAGAGCCCUGUACCUCAGACUGCAGAGUGCAGCUGGUGGAGAGCAUCCCUGUGGGUCUGUAUCCGUCCUCUUCGCCAUCCAGGCCGAGCAUCGCAGACAGCUGGCUGCAUCUGCUGCACAAGGCCAACAGCUCCGUCCACAUAGCUGCUUUUUACUUCACACUACGGGACAGCGAUGUCCAAUCCUCUGACCCCUCAGACUCACAGGGGAGAAACGUCUUUGAGCAGCUGAAGGAGCUUGAAUCCAAAGGUGUAAAACUCCAGAUUGCUGUAAACGCCCCUCAGACAUCAACCCAGGACACAGCAGAACUGACUGCCACAGGUGCUGAAGUCAGAGAGGUGGACCUCAACGCUGUGACUGGAGGCAUCGUUCACACCAAGCUGUGGGUGGUGGACCAGAAGCACUUCUACCUGGGUAGUGCUAACAUGGACUGGCGCUCUCUCAGUCAGGUGAAGGAGGUGGGUCUGUCGGUGGAGGACUGCAGCUGCCUGGCUCAGGAUGCCUUCCGGAUCUUCGGGGUGUACUGGACCAUCGGAGGCGCCAACAGAGGAACCCUCCCACCAUUUUGGCCCGCUCGGCUCUCUGCACUGUCCAGCGCCGACAACCCUCUGCAGCUGAAGCUUAACGGAGUCCCUGCCCAGGUUUACCUGUCUAGCGCACCGCCACCGAUCUCAGCGCGUGGACGCUCCGAUGACCUCUCUACCAUCCUGUCCGUCAUCGAAGACGCCCAGAGGUUCAUUCACAUCUCUGUUAUUGACUACCUCCCUCUGUCUCAGUACACAGAGCCAGUCAGGUUCUGGCCCGCCAUCGACUCCAGCCUGCGUGCUGCAGCCUGCACCAGAGGGGUGCAGGUGAGACUGAUGGUCAGCUGCUGGGAGCACUCGCCAGCCUCCAUGUUCACCUUCCUGCAGUCCCUGCUGGUGCUCAGCAGGCCUCCUCUGAAAUGCAAUGUUGACGUGAAAAUCUUUACGGUGCCUUCAACAGCGGAGCAGAUGAAGAUCGCCUUUGCACGUGUCAAUCACGCCAAAUACAUGGUGACAGACAGAGCGCUCUACAUCGGGACAUCCAACUGGUCUGAGAACUACUUCACUCACACAGCAGGCGUAGGCCUGGUGGUGAACCAGACAGGCGCCGAGCUUCACGAGGGCCAGCAGACUCUGCAGAGCCAAGCGGAGGAACUCUUCCUGAGAGACUGGAGCUCUGACUACGCCGCCACGUUACCCACUGACAGCGUGGACGUCUGUCCCCACAGCCGCAGCUGAGGGGCUGCAUCCCUCAGUGAAGCACGAUGCCUUUUAGAUCAGCGUUCCGCUUUGCUGAACCACUUAAAUAUGCAAAUAUUGUUGCUAUGACCAAAUACAGCUGGGUUUACUGUUGCCUCUUGUUUUAUUGCUGCUAGCUGCCAGCUUUGUCUGUAUAUAAUUGCGUUGUGUUUUUUAUCCAAACUAGUAGCUUUGAUGCUCCUGAUUCCUCUUGAGGAAAACAAAAGAGAUCAGUUUGCACGUUUCAUCUCUGGAAAUUUCUGUAAAUAUUGCCAGUUUUUCGGCCUUGCCAAGUUGAAACGAUUUCAUGCAAGGAGGCGUUUCCAAAGAGGUGCAUGCACCAGAGCAUUGUUUACACUGCAGAGGCUAUCAAUAAUGUACAAAUGAGUGUAAGGGAAAGUAUUUUAUGUGUUUGUUUUUUUGUUAAGUUUUCCAUUUAUAAGAAAUAAGUUGCUCAAAGAAGCCCAGAUUUUUCGGUAGAAUUUUUCCUCUUGAAUAUAAACGAUGUCCGUUUCCUGUCACAAAGCAGACAGGAGUCAAGCUGCUGUGUGGUCGAACAAAGGAAGCAGCUGGAACAAUGGAUCACUGACGAACUGUUUCCUUUAAAAUAAAUUCUGCUCAAAGGAA